AUGGAACAACACCUGGAAGUAAUUGUUGAUGUUGAAGUUGUAGACAAACGAGAAACAGGAGGAGUUUCUACAAACAUGGAAGUGUUUGGAUUAAAGAAGAUCCUGGAAAGAAUUGUUGGCCAAAUCAUGGUCUCUGAGAUUGUAACCGAUGCAUCAGCAGCAGUUAUUGCCCUAGUACGGAAAAUGAAAGGUACAGGUACUGUAAAGUAUAGAGCAAGCAACUGAUGUGGGACUGUGAAUUUAUAUUAUUUGGUUGAUAAUGAAAUGUGUAAUGUUGCUGCAAGUUUUUACCAAUAAUUUUCAGUAUCACCAUGCGAGUGCUCGAAAAGACUUUUUAAGAAGCAUGUUAUGAUCAGGGCUCAAACUAGAGAAAAAAUAUGGCCUGCCAGUCUAAAUCUUUUUGCCAGGUGAAAUAAAUGCCAACCUGCCAUUUUUAUUCAUUGCCAUUGCACUACCAAAAUGGUGAUGUCUCAUCUACAUACAUAUAUAUAUAUAUACAUAUAUAUAUACAUAUAUAUAUAUAUAUAUAUAUAUAUAUAUAUGCAUUUUUUAAUAUUUUUAAACUUGUCUAUUUACUACAGUGAACUUUGAUUUACAUUUCAAAUAUAAACGUAUUUAGUCAACCAAAUGAUCUAUUAUAUAUGAGUUGUGGUAAGCAAAUGAAAUGAAAUAUAUAGAUCUAUAGAAUUUCACCUGCUAUUUUUUUUUUUACUUUUCUUGGCAGUUCAAAUCUGCUUUUGGCCAUUGACAGCCUGCUAUUUUGAGCCCUGAUUAUGAUGUUGAAAAAUUUAGCCAUAAAAGUACCAUGAAAUUCUAAUAGCACAAUUUGUUUUGUCUUGUUUUCCCAGACAAGUACCCAGACGAUUUUUCCCAUCUAUUUCACGCCUUGGACAUUUGGCACAAGUCAGUCAAACUUACCAAGAAACUUGCUAAGGUAAAAAUUGGUUGUAAAUUUGCUGGUGCAAAUCUUAAAACAGCUUGCAGCUUAUGAUGUUACCACGUCAGAUGUGCUGGGAGGCCCCUCAUUGAGCUAUCAAUAGUACAAAUGUACAAAAGUACAUUUCAGUAAAAAGUUUCUGUCAUUUUUUAUUUCAACAUAAUUAUUUUAGGCUGCCAAAGUUAAAGGGUGUGAAACAGUGAGCCAGUGGUCUGAACCAAUCAGGAACCAUUUUUGGUUUGUUUGUCAGAAUUCUAAUGGGGACGAAGAGAAACUUAAGGUUACUCUUGUUUUAUUUGGUAUCUUUGUUAUCUGAUAAGAUUUCUUUUUGGACUUAAUUUGACAACAUACAAGUUGCUUGUGAUGUUACGCUGAGUGUAUAUACACACUCAGAGUAACAUCACAAGCAUCUUAUUCACCUGAGUACACUACACCAUCACAGCAAAUAACAUACAAGUUAUUUACAUGCAACUAUUAUAUUCCAUUUAAUUAAGGAUGACUGGUUCGGAGUGCUACAUCACAUUGCAGGUGAACAUGAGUGGAUAGAUGGAGAGUGCCAGCAUGGUCCUUUAGUAGCAAGUGAAACAGAAAAGACAUACCUGGAUAAGAAUAGCAAAGCAAUGGAAGCUGUCCGUAAGGUGAUACUUGACCAGCGAUUUGUCAAGAGCUUGUACCAUUAUUGA